AUGCGAGUCCCUUACCUGGACCAGGCUGGAGAGAAGCAGCAUUUCAAGGCCGUCCUGGAGUUUAGUUCAGCAGAUGUGCUCUUAUGGAUUCUGUGCCAGGAUCCAGAACCACCUUUCCCAGACAUCCUUGUUCUUGGCUCCUAUGGAGAAUGUCUUGGGACUCAGCUGGAACCUCAAUUGGAUCCUCUUCCAGCUGAGAAUCCCCUGAUGAAGAUCAAGGUUGUUGAGGUCCUCACACUGAACCAGGAGGUGGCUGGUCCUCGGAAUGCCCAGAUCGAGGCCCUUUAUGCUGAAGGUGGGGGCGUGAGUCCAGACAUCCUUGGAGAACCAACCCAACAGCUGGACAAGUAUACGGUUGAUCCUGAGGCUGCUCACCAGAGAUUCCGGCAGUUCCGUUAUGAGGAGACAAUGAGUCCCCAGGAGGCCUUGGCCCAACUUCGAGAGCUGUGUCAUCAGUGGCUACAGCCCGAGGCUCACUCCAAGGGGCAGAUCCUGGAGCUGCUGGUGCUGGAGCAGUUCCUGAGUGGACUGCCUGGGAAGCUCCGGACAUGGGUGGAGUCGCAGCACCCAGAGGACUGCCAGAAGGCAGUGGCCCUGGUGGAGGAUGUGACCUGGAUAUCUGAGGAGGAAG